GUGCGGGUUGCAGUAGUUGUGCUUGGCCUGCGGGGGCGAACAGUGAGUUUAUGAUCGCGGCCGGCUUUCGCGCCGGAGGCGCACCAUCGUCGUGCGCGCCCUUCUUCUCGCAUGAGCCGUAUGACGUAGUCGGCGCGGCCGGCGCGGCCGAGGCGGCGGCCGCGGCUGCGACGCAGAGAGCCAAAAUAAGGCCUCUCAUCCAACCCAGCCAAUAUGGAUUUUUUGUAUGUCUCGCCGCGAGUUUGAGCGAUUUCUCGACGUCCAAGUGGGCCCUGUGUCCGAGUCGUCCUACGAAGCCUGUGAGCUUGAGCAGGAUCAGAGCAGGCAGGCCAAAAGCGCGAUUGGCGGGGAAAACCCGUCACGUACGGACGCAUCGAGCCGACGCGACGCCUCGGGGAAAACGUCGCGUCGAUGGCGGGGGGCGCCCGAAGAUCAGACAAACGAUUAGUGCGAUAGCUAGCAUCACGGCUGCGCCUGGUACGACAGGAUGUUGUCGUACCACGCCUGCAGCUUGAUGGGCGACGCCGUGAGGACGAACUUCGCUAUCAAUCGAUCCCCGCGCCGGACCGUCGUGACGCCGUGCGUCGCGCCUUCCGCCUUCACGAGCAGUAGCGAAUUGGGCGGGAGCCACGCGCCGCGCACGGACCCGUCGGCGCGCUCCCAGCGCGUCUGCGAGUCCGACGUGUUCUCGAGCGUCAGAACCACUUCGAGCUGGGGCUCCUCGUACAAGACCUCGUCCUUGUGCCAGCCCAUGCUCGAGCCGACGGGAUACCUCCUUAACUCGACCGGAAAGUCGGCCGGCUCCAACCGAUCGUCCCCGCAGAUUCGUCGCAGGCGCUCCACGGACUCGGGCCUCGACAGAGCGACACAUACGGGAUCGCGCGGCUCGAGGAAGCAGCCGAGUCUCCCGACGGCGACACUUUCGAGGGUCUCGGGCUUGAGCUCCCUUUGCCGCCUUGCGGACCGUUGGCAGGCCGCGAACGUCUCCUCAUCAAAAAAGUCCUCGACGACGCAGAGGCCGUCGCGCGCAAAGGCGAGGCGCGCCUCGACGUCCGAAUCCUCGUACUCGCUCUGCGGUCGUGUCUCCGGUGGCGGCUGGGUCGGCGCGAAAAAGCUUGGCCGUCGCAGCGUCGGCGGCGUGAGAGCGUUUGCUCUGAGCAACAGUACCAGCAACAUCGUGCCGCGUGCCGCCAUGGCUGAAAAAACUGUUGUGCCUCAACAAGAGUAUGGGCACGUGGGACGGGAUUUCGCAGUCGCUGCUAGACCGCGUGUAUAUCCACGGUACGAGGCGCCGUGUGUCCUACAGCGCUCAAAAACAGUUAUGGCUUCAACAGCCCUGACGGCACGCCGGCGGCGUCCUGGGCAGGCGCGUGUAGUCCGUUGCAAACUUCGCAGCACGGAGUGCUCUUAGACAGCACCACAACCAGUCGAUAAAAGCCGACGAGGCUCGGAUAGUGCGCUCUGGCAAAUGAUACCCGGUGGCACUAAAAAAAGCGAGGCUAGCGCCCCUUAAAGACACUAGCAAACAUUUUACAGCUACGAAAGUUCUAGCACCGUAACAGUAUGAUAGCAACAAGCUACGAAAACAGACAAG